AUGUCCCAGGAGCCUCGACUUGGUCCAUUGUCCGACGAUGCGACUCACUCUUCUUCCGACGACCGCAGCGUGAUUGACAAGGAGUCGGGGAUCUCCAGCAGUCGCCAUUCUGCGCGUCGGCCACCGCUGCGGGCUCGUCCCCAAUCGUGGCAUCCAUAUGGGCCCGUGGAACCUCCGCUGGAACCGGCGUCUUCGCGGCCCAUUGGCGUCCACGCCAUCCUCAAUCCACCAGCGCAGGUAGCUGGAGAUUCGUCAGGGACCAGUGGAAAUCGAGAGCCCUUGACGCUUCCGGGACCGGCCUCCUCACCCAGACCACGGCAGGGCUCUUCGCCGAUACCGCGUGCCGUGCCCCCAAUUGCCCAGCAGCCCUUGUCUCCCCGGUCCCAUUCGCGGCCUGUGAUGAACACGAGUUCACCCUCAGCUCGAUUUGUGAGUGGCAGUGGCAGAGCAUCGGGACAGUCGAGCGUGGUUCACUCGCCGUUGAUCCACCACGACCCAUCCUUGGGCUCGCGGCAGCCGCUCCCAGUCAGCUCUCCUAUUCCGCUAGAUUCGACGCUUCGCCCGGUGGCCUCCCUUCCGCCUACGCAGCCUCCAUCGUUAGCAUCAUUGCAUUCGACGGCGAGCAUCCAUUCGAGGAGAACAAGCGCCGGUCCAGGUCCAUUGACGACCCCCAAUUCACAAGAAACGAGCCCGACGACACCCCAUUCAAGCUUCAGCCAUUUCGGACGAGCAUCGCCAGCUGUCACGAAUGUCUCUCUUCCUCCAACCACAGCCCCAUAUGCGGCUCAGAUGCCCUAUGUGACGAUCGAAUCCAUGAGCCGGGCAGCCUCAGUCACCGCUGGUCCUCGCAGCAGUGUCAGUGAAGAGAUUGCCGGGAUGCCGGGUCUGAUUCCUUGUGUGCUAGACCUCAAAUCCGGCUCCUCCAGCCAGGCCGAGAAACGGAAAGCCAACAGCGACGCCUCCCGGCGAUUCCGCAACCGCAAGCGCAAUGAAAUGCAACUCGAGCAGCGACUCUCCGCACAGCAGGACGAGCUUCAACGCCAGACCGACGAAAUCCGCGCCCUCAUCCAGCAGCGAGACCACUACCGCACCGAACGAGACUUUUUCCGCGAACAUCUCGAUCGAGCCGGGUCUUUGACCCAAUUACCGCCGCGGCCGCCGUCGCCGCGUUCUUCGCUCGUCCCGGCGGCUGACUCGGGUGCAGCGGCGUGGGCGAGUGGGGGGACGGGACCCGAUCGGCCCCCGGCCAUGGGCAGCCUGCACCCAGCGCGGGGCCUGGCGUCCCCCCGGGCAGGCUGCUGGACUCGGCACGCCCGCAAGCCAGUUGGCCUGGUAGCCCGGCCGCAUACUCGCCCGCUCCACCCGCAGGACGCAGUGUCGGACCGCCACCGAUCGCAGGCACUGCCCUGCCUCGCUUCCAAGGAUCUUGGUCCCGGCCGUGAUUGGGGGGGGACGAUCAUCUGGUGA